AUGCGUGAGAGCGAUAUCCCUCUCACGGCGGUAAGCACCCCAAGUGGUAUGCUUUGGGAGUGGCUAGUUAUGCUGCAAGGACUGAAGAACGCCCCUGCGAACUUCAAUAGAUGCAUGACGCAUCUAUUGCGUUCGCUACUUCGAUAUUGUUUACGUUCAUAUCCGGGCUGUGAACGAGAAGACGGACGUCAAGAUGCACAAGGAGAUCUCUGGGAACUAUUUGGGCUCACGGACAAGCUCUAUGCGAACCUGAAAAAGUGCAUCUUCGGUGCGAGCGAGAUACCCGUGUUAGGGUGUCUCGUGGGAAAGAAUGGCGUACGCCCUGACCCCGAGAAGGUCAGAGUGAUCAAUGAAUGGCCUACACCAUCCAACGUGAAGGAACUGCGGCAGUUCCUUGGCCUUGACACGUACUUGUGCAAGUACGUGGACAACUACGCAGGCAAGAUUCGCCAGCUAUCGCAGCUUCUGAAAGAAGGAAACUGCAUGGGAAUGGACUGCUGA